AUGGACAGCAAACAGUGUUGUGUGAAGCUGUCAGUGGAGCCGUCCAGAGGACUGGUGGAUGAGAAGUUCUCCGUCCUGGUCCAGAAUGUCUCUCCUGGCUCUCAGCUGACGGUCCACGCUCUGCACCAGUGUGAAGACCAGUACACAUGGGAGGCAUUCGCUCACUACAUCUCCAACGCCAGCGGGACAGUGAACGUUUCAGAGGAUGUCAGUCUAGGUGGGACAUAUUCUGGAGUUGAACCGAUGGGUCUGCUGUGGAGCCUCAGACCGGUUCCAGGCAGCAAACCUGGACUCAGGAUGAGGAAGGUGAACGUCCAGACUCCCAUGGAGAUCAGGAUCUCGGUGUACCAGGGUCACCGAACUGAAGGCUUCACAGCUCAGGAGCCGCUGGCCGGUGUGUUGGUGGAGCGCUGGUACAUGGCGCCCGGCGUUCAGAGGGUCCCGAUCACAGAGGGCGGACUCACUGCGACCCUCUUCCUGCCCUCAGGACCUGGACCUUUCCCCGGCCUCCUGGACCUGUGGGGGGGCGGAGGGAAGCUGGUGGAGUACCGUUCGGCAAUGCUUGCCUCCCACGGCUUUGCCUCCCUGACCCUCGACUACCUGACGCCUAAAAUCACCAUGGAAACUGGAAAGAUGGUGGACAACACGUACUUUGAGACGGCCUUCCGAGUCCUGCAGCAGCAUCCUCAGGUACUCGGCAGCAGGAUCGGCAUGAUGGGCCUUUCCCUUGGAGCCAGUUUCACACUCAAAAUGGCCAUUUACUCUAAGGUUGUAAAGCUUAGGUGUGUGGUGUGUAUUAAUGGUAGUCAUGUGCAGCCAGUCAAUGGAUCUGUGGAUGAAAUGCUGGAAUUCUGUGCAAGAAACGCAGAGAAGACUCGCUUCAACGAGGAGAACCAGGUGAUCUGGAGAGAUCUGCUGCUGCCCAUCCCCACCGACCCUGCACUCAAAGUGGACGUGGGGCGACUCCAGUGUCCUGUGAUGUUGGUCGUAGCGGAGGACGAUCAGAACUGGCCGGCGAACGAGUCUGCACAGGACAUGAAGGAGAUGAUGGAGCGGGCGGGGAACAGCCACCUGCUGACCAUCCUGUCGUACCCCAACGCCGGUCACCUGAUUGAACCUCCGUACACGCCGCACUUCAGAGCCACCGUCUUCGAGACAGUGAACCAGCGUCAGAAAGUGAUGGCUCUGUGGGGCGGAGACACGCUGCCACAUUCCCGCGCUCAGGAAGACUCCUGGAGGAAGACGCUGGCCUUCCUGCGAGAGAAUCUGUACGGCUGCACAAAGACUGCUGCAGCCUCGGUUUCAGUUUAA